AUGGCCAGCAUCGGUGGCCGUGGCCAGCUGGCCCGGGCUACUCGAAGAGAGCUGGGAGCCAUGUUUCGCUACUCAGUUGACCCGAUGGCACCGGGGGGCUCCUGCAGCGACUACGGCCAGGAAACCCUGGAUGCCAUGUUCGACGAUGCAUAUCAGUUAGCGGGCACUGCAAUCCAAGCAACGCUCGAUCAUGAGGAUGCAACGGCGGCAACGACUAACGAAGCGACACACAGAAUGCAUGGAGUGAUGAAUUGGAUGGAGUCCGGUGGCCGAACCAAUAAUGGACUGAACAAACGUCGUCCCUAUCUCUUCUGCGGUGACACUUGGCGCGUUCGCGAGACGAUGAGCAGCCAGAUGAAAGACGCUGAGGGCAACCCCAUGGUCAAGGAGAACGGCGAGCCGUAUCUCAUCCAGGAUAGCAAGGCCAUGAAGACUCGUCGCAAGGAAGUAGCAGAACAGCUGAAAAAAAGUACCAAACAUAUUUACCCGUACUGGAGCCAGGCCACUCUGACGUACACCUUCGCUGUCAAAUACGAUGAAGAUCCCACGCUCGGUCCUUGCAAGACAGAAGCCGGCGCCAUUGGCUAUACCAUUACCGAAAAGUCUUUCGGCGCCAUCAUACUAUGCCAUACGGCGUUCAACGGACGUCGGUUACGCUCCGUGGCAGCCUCGGCAUUCGCCAGCAGCUUUUUCGAAACUGGCCAACCACCUUCCGACAAAGGUAAAGUUCAAGAGAUCUCCGAAGUGGUUCCAGCCGGACGGGUUGCAUAUCACGAAUUGCUUCAUCUGUAUUGGGGCUCAGUAAUGAACGAGGGUGGCAAUGAGGAAUACAGUUUCCAGCGAAUGGCCGGAAAUAAGCUCCGAAAAAAUGGCAAGAUGUACACAAAGUCCCUAGCCAUGGAAAACCCAGAGACUUACGCUUUGGCUGCGGUCGCCUAUGAUUAUACUCUGCAUGUCACCCAUACUACAAAGCCAGGCAAGACCUACCCAGUCGAGUUCUACACAGGCUUCUGUACGUAUGAGGAGUGA